CCCCCCCCCCCCUCCCUCUCGCGAGUCAAGCGAAAGCUUGUCUUGUCGGGAUUUGUGAUAUAUACAGCAGGCGUCGCUUGUCGUUCUGGGCUUGUUAUGACCCUUUGAGUCGCUGGUUCUGACUGCGGUUGCCUGCUACCUGCUCUAUCACAUUCCCAUUACAUUUUGGUCCUUUGUUUUAUUUUUUUUACUUUUUUUUCUGUUUUUCAAUUCGCUCGCCAUGGGAGUGCAAAUAGCAGGCUCGGACAGGAUGCAGCCGGACCUUUCAACUCCACUGCUGGUCAUGGGUAUGCUCCUGCUGGUGAUGUUUGGCUGCCGGGCAGCGACGUGGAUGUGGCAGCGGCGCCGGCUGAGGGAGAUCCUGAGCAAGAACCCAGGCCCGCGACACCAGGGGCGAUUCGCAGAGUCGAGCAGGGCGGCGUGCGCGCUCAAACGGCAUGUCCGCUACGCGCCGCUGUUCGCGCACCGGCACAGCCGCGAGCUGCGUCUGCUGGCCGGACGGCUGCAUAUGGGCACCGUCCCGCUGCGGCUCGAGGCGGCCCUGCUGGUGGGCUACAUGGUGCUCAACGUGGUCUUCAUCCUCAGCCUGGUCGACUGGUGGCAGACCUUUCCGGAAAAGAUGUACCAGCUUAAAUACGCAGCGGGCCACCUCGCCGUCAUGAAUCUGCCUGCCCUCGUCCUCACCGCUGGCCGGAAUAACCCGCUCAUCCCGCUGCUGGGGCUCUCCUUUGACACCUUCAACCUCGUCCAUCGCUGGCUGGGGCGGCUUGUUGGCGUCGAGGCUGUUGUUCACAUGGCCUGUGUCCUGAGCAGCAUGGUCUACCGGACGGGCUGGGAGGCAACGGCACAGAGCUUUCAAAAAUCAUUCUACUUCUGUGGACUCACAGCCCUCAUCGGCUUUGUGGUCAUCUUCGUGCAGGCCCUGUCGCCCAUCCGACACGCCUUUUAUGAGUUCUUCUUGCAUUUCCAUAUCGCCCUCGCCAUCAUGGCCUUUGCCGGGCUGUGGUAUCAUCUCCAAGGGCUAACCCAGCAGCGGGUUUUAAUGGCUGCUUUGAUUCUGUGGGGAUUAGACAGAAUCGGUCGUUUUGUCCUGCUGGCCUGGCGCAACUGCGGCAAACGGCGCACAACCGCCCGCCUCGAGUUCCUGCCCGGCUCCGUCGUGCGCGUCGACGUGGUCAUGGCCCGCCCCUGGUCUGUCCGUGCAGGGCAGUACGCCUAUCUGUACGUCCCCUCGCUGGGCCUGUGGACGUCGCAUCCGUUCAGCGUGGCGUGGAGCGGCCGCGAGCGCUCCGCCGGGUCGGAGAAGCGCUCCUCCAACGACUCCUUCAAUGCCCUGCUCGGCGGCAAGGAGCAGACUACCGUCUCCUUUCUCGUGAAAAAGCGUGGCGGCUUCACCAGGAGACUCCUCGAGAAAGUUGAGAGGUCCGUCGACUGUCGUCUUGAUGUCGCUGCUCUCGCCGAAGGGCCGUUUGGCGGCAUUCAUUCCCUCGUCUCCUACGGCACCGUCGUCCUUGUCGCCGGCGGCAUCGGUAUCACCCAUCCCAUGUCCUACCUACACCAGCUCAUGCAGGGCUUCGCAACCACCACAGCAACCCGCCGCGUGAACCUGGUCUGGGUUGUACGGGAGAUUGACCACCUUUCCUGGAUUCAACCAUGGAUGACUUCCCUGUUCGCGCAUCCCUCCCUCACAAACACCAACCACGCAAACCACUAUUUCCAGUUUCCCUGUCUCUCGCUCCGAGUGGACGUCUACGUGACGUGUCCCUCGUGGGCGGUGGAUGGGGAUUAUUCCUUCGCAACAACGCCCGGCGAAAUCCCCUGGACGCACGCCGCGCCGCCUGCUGUGCCCGUGCGGAUCACCAAUGGCAAACCGGCUGUAUCAGAGAUCGUGGCCGCCGAGAGCGCCGCGCAGGUCGGCGCGAUGGCCGUGAGUGUCUGCGGGCCUGGGGGGUUGGGAGAUGAUGUCCGCCGGGCUAUGGAUUACGUCGAAUACUGCUUCAGCUGGCUCCUGGCCAACAAACGCGGCCGUGACGCAAAGCUUUUCACCAAGGGAGCGGCCUUUGCCGAGUUCCCCAAGCCUACCAUCGCGCUUGAAUGUGCCUUGGGCCCCUCCGGGUCGACGAUGAGCGUGGAACACGGUCCCAGCCCCAAGGGCGACGGACGCUUCCCGACUCUGAAGUGGCCCGCGGGCUCUGCCGAAGUCAAGGAAUACGUGAUCGUCAGCGAGGACCCUGACGCCCCCUUGCCCAAGCCCAUCAUUCACGGCAUUUACUACGGGAUCCCCGCGGACCGGACCAGCGUGGGCCCCGAGGACUUCAAAGCCGGCGAGGCACCUGGCGUCCUCUCGUCGGGCUUCCUGCACGGCAAGACCAUGCGCGGCGUGCCCUACAUCGCGCCCAAGCCGCUGCUGGGCCACGGCCCUCACCGGUACUUUUACACGCUGAUCGCGCUGGGGGAGCCGAUCAACCGCGACAAGCUGAGCACUGUCACCACGGCCGACGAGGUUGCCCGCGAAAUCGAAGGCAAGGUGGUCGGAUGGGGAGAGUGGGUGGGUUCGUUUGAGAGAAAGUGGGAGGAGCGUUAAGUCUGGCGAUUGAUGUUUUCUACGCUUUACGAUUUACGAUUCGCUUCGGUUUGACACCAAUGGGGUUUCCUUACUAGGUACCUUAAGUUUAGUCGACUCUCAAUACCAAUACGGGUGAUAUUCGAACCUGUCUCUGUGCUCAACGUAGCUGUAGAUAGUCUUUUUACAUAGACAAGCC